AUGGAGAUGCGUCAGGACAUCGUUACGAUCAACCCCACCACCAACACAGUUGCCCUCAGUACGGAGAGCUAUGACCGCCUGACGAAAUAUCUCGCCAUAAGGUCGCUCAUGGUCAACGGCCAAGAGCACGAAGUCACCUCCUACAGGGCUUCCUCGAUGCCACCUGCCCAGGUACCUGCGACAUGGCCAGCGACCGGGGAAGGUUGGAGCCGUCUGCACGCUGAUUUUGCAGGUCCGGUGGACGGACACAUGGUCUUGGUCAUCGUAGACUCGGAAACGAAAUGGAUCGAAGCGGUGCCAAUGAAGAUUGCCACGUCUGAAACCACGGUGAGAGCCCUGAGGUCAAUAUUUGCACGGUUUGGGCUUCCAAAAACGUUCGUGUCUGACAAUGGACCUCAGUUUGUGAGCGGUCUUUUUCGCGAGUUCUUGGCCCGUAACAAGGUGCAGCAACUAAUAACAGCACCCUAUCAUCCCCAAUCUAAUGGGUUAGCCGAGAGAGCGGUGCGCACGCUCAAGGAAGGACUAAAGGAAAAUCCGGGCAAGGUCUUGAUAACGCGGUUGGAUCGGUUUUUGUGCAGAUACCGCCGAACACCCGGGCAGGAUGGCAAGUCACCGGCUGAACGUUUGCUUGGUUACCAGAUUAGGACGAAGAUAGACAGCAUUAAGCCGAAAGAAAAGUAUGCCAAUGGUUUGCCAGGAGAAGCUACGAGAAAAUUUAAUGCAGGGGAACCGGUGUGGAUGCGCACUUUUGGACGAAGUCGAAGGUGGAUUCCAGGAGUAGUGCACGACCAAAAAGGUUUCAGGAUGGUCACCGUGGAUUGUGCUCAUGGACGGCACCGACGGCAUCUAGAUCAGCUAAGACGUCGAGCUGAAUCGGUGGACAGUGACCUUGGCCAGAAAAACAAGCAGGAGCCAGCCGAAGAGACUGGGGAAAAGGUGCAAGACAGCCCGGAAGAAACAGCGGCGGAAUCACCACCACCGCUCGUGCGAAGAUCGACCCGGCCACGGAAACCAGCUGAACGUUAUGGCUUUUAA